UGAAGAAAGGUUGUUGGCAGAGAAAAUAAUCAACAAACUGAGAACGACUAAUGAAAAUGAAAAAGAAGAAGCAGAGAAAUUACCUAUAGAUCAUCCUGAGAAUAUUGAUCCUGAUGACCCUUUAUCUAACCUGCUUGAAGGUAUGGAAAUUGAGAACAAGGGGAAACUUCAUCUCGUUCAGGGACUUCAUCCUGAAAAAAGUGCCAAGACAUACGGUGAUUCCCAUGACUCACACAAACUUAUACCAGAACAGAUAGCAGAACUUGCAUUAGAUUCGGAAGAUUCAGGCUCAAGAAAGAGAAAUUUUUACACAAAUACAAAUUAUCUUUGGAAAAAUAGAAUAGUCCCUUAUAGAAUAUAUAACAUGUCCACAAGUUCUAUAACAGUCAUAAACAAAGCCAUCAAACAGUUCUAUGACUUUACAUGUAUCAAAUGGGUAACAACUUCUGAUCCCUUGUUCAACCCAACAGAACUUGGACACCAGAAUGUUAUAACAUUUAUAAAUGCACCAGGUUGUUGGUCCUACGUAGGAAAUGUGAAUCCCCAAGGAAACGACAUACAGUUUCUUGGCUUGUCAGAACCAGGUUGUAUAAGUGUUGGAACAUCUGUUCAUGAAAUGUUACAUGCCAUGGGAGGAAAACAUGAACAAUCUAGAUCUGAUCGUGAUAACUACGUCACAAUAGAAUGGCCAAAUGUAAAGAAUGGGCGGGACAAUAACAACAUGGUGAAGGCAAACACACAAGACAACAACCCCUAUGAUGCAGAAUCAGCCAUGCAGUACAGUCUGUAUGCUUUUUCAACGAAUGGCAAAAAAACUAUUCAGUUUAAAGAUCAACGAUUAGAGUUUUUGGCCGAUUCCGCUGAUGGUUUAGAGUUCUAUGAUAUACAAGAUGUUACUGAUGCUUAUACAUGUACAGACCAUUGCACAAACAUACCUAACUGUCAAAAUGGUGGCUUUCUUAAUUUUCAAUGUACAUGUACUUGUCCAGAUGUUCUUACUGGUGCUAUCUGUGAACGAACUGUCUCUAAUAGUCAAACCUGUGGUGGUGUUAUCAACCUUGCUGCAGGAGAGGAAAGAUUGAUCCAAUCCCCAAAUUACCCCUCUAACUACCCAACAGGACUAGAAUGUACCUGGUUGAUAAAGGGAACUGUUAAUAAUUUAGUUCGAGCUUCAGUACAGUACAUGGAUAUAUCUGCUGACGCUGCUUGCAAUCAUUGGUUGGAGUACAGAUAUAAUUUAUUAGGACAGAAAGGUCCAAAGAAAUGUGGCACAAACUUUGUUGCUGAUGAAGAGAUAUGGGAUAGUACACCAGAUGAGCUGAGCAAUGCUAUGAUAAUAAGAUUUGACAGUAAUACAUUCUCAACGAAGCCAGCGGCCACAGGAUUCUCUAUCAAAGUUCAAUCAAUUGGAAAAGGAUGUGUCACCAACCCUUGUAUGUAUGGAAAGUGCAGCAGCCCUGAGGGUACCAGUGACUAUACAUGUACAUGUAACCAAGGUGUAUCAGGCACAAACUGUGAUAUGCUCACUAGUUCAGCAAUAGUCAAAUGUACGUUUGAGUAUGGAGAAAGAUGCAUUUUUGAAACGGAGGCAAAUCAUGAGCUUAAUUGGGACUAUCAAAGUCUAGGUACACCAUCUAGUAAUACAGGACCAGAUAAUGCCCACACAGGGUUUCAAUAUGUCUAUAUAGAGGCAUCAGGACCAAGACAGGCUGGGGAUAAAGCAGUUAUGUCAACAAAUAUACAGUUGUCAAAUGUCGGCUACCAUAUGACAUUCUGGUAUCACAUGAAGGGUAGUUCUAUGGGUACAUUAAAUAUAUACGCAGAAGGAACGACCACAGCGAAAUCAGCUAUAUGGACUCGAUCUGGAUCUCAGGGCAAUGAUUGGGUCAAAGGGGAGGUUGACAUAACUGCCAUGAAUGGUCUUAAACUAUCAAUUGAAGGUAUUCGUGGAUCUGACUGGUCAAGUGACAUUGCAAUAGAUGAUAUUUCACUUACCCCUGGAACAAGCGGUGGCGGCCAAUCGCAAACAUGUUCGUUUGAAACUGGUGCUUCAUGUUUUUUGGUUGAAGCGACAAAUGACGAUUUUGAUUGGACUCCUCUAUCAGGAGGUUCACCAUCUUCUGGAACAGGACCAAAAGCGGCAUAUGAAGGAAGCAUGUACAAAUAUAUAGAAGUAUCGUCCCCUGUGAGCAGCAACUCAGUUGCUAGGUUGAUGUCUUCUUCCUCAUUAAAUGGUGGUGACCACUGUUUGACAUUUGCUUAUCACAUGUUCGGAUCUGAUUACAUGGGAGAAUUGAAAAUAUCAACUGGAGUUACGGCCCCUGACAAUGAACUAUUUAAAGAAUCUGGUAACCAUGGGGAUCAAUGGAACAAGGGGAUGGUUACGUUUACUACAAGUCCUGGAAUGAAGUUAUUUGUAGAAGCAAAUAAAGGAUAUACAUGGCAAGGAGAUAUUGCUAUAGAUGAUAUUCAACUAGAUAGUGGAAGUUGUGAUGGUGGCAGCCAAUUAGAAACAUGUUCAUUUGAAGCUGGUGCUUCAUGUUUUUUGGUUGAAGCGACAAAUGACGAUUUUGAUUGGACUCCUCUAUCAGUAGAAACUCCAUCUUCUGGAACAGGACCAACUGCGGCAUAUGAAGGAAGCAUGUACAAAUAUAUAGAAGUAUCGUCCCCUGUGAUCAGUUACUCUGUCGCUAGGUUGAUGUCGUCUUCAGCAUUAAAUGGUGGUGACCACUGCUUGACGUUUGCAUAUCACAUGUUCGGAGCAGAUACAAUGGGAGAUCUGAAAAUAUCAACUGGAGUUACAGCCCCUGACAAUGAACUAUUUAAAGAAUCUGGUAACCAUGAUGAUCAAUGGAAGAAGGGGAUGAUUUCGUUUACUACAAGUCCUGGAAUGAAGUUAUUUGUUGAAGCUAAUAAAGGAAAUACAUGGCAGGGAGAUAUUGCUAUUGAUGAUAUUCAAUUAAAAAGUGGCAGUUGUGAUGAUACAAGAAAGUAAACACAACUCAUUUAGAAAUGUUAAUCUUAGUACUAAGCAGAACGUAUUUGUCAACACAAUUCAACAUGUUUAUUCUAUAAUUAGUGAUAAAAAUUGUUCAAAAUAAUUAACAUGCAUUACAUAUAUUU